CAGAGGCAUUGUUUAUGUACAGACUUGUUAUUACUAUCAUACAAUUAAUAUUCAUUCUAAGCGUUGCUCAACGAAAUUUUCAAUCUAAGCUUAUGAAGAUGGUGAAGUACCAGCACUUGGUCUACUGUGUUCUUUUGUUCAUCUCUUUGAUUGAUUUAAGCACGGCAGCUCGCAGUAAUCCCCCUGACGAUGUUUUGGAAUGGGUUCAAAAAGAUGAUCGCCGUUUCCUGCGUGCCAAUAUCAGAGUUGGUGAUAUUAAUCGAACCAUUAAGUUUUACACCGAGUUUUUUGGGAUGAAAGUGUUGAGAAGAAAAGAUUUCCCAGAAGUAAAUAUCUCAAAUGCAGUCAUUGGGUUUGGAUCUGAAGAGACUCAAUUUGUUCUGGGCCUCAGCCAACACCACAGUGCAGUUGACAAAUUGGAGCUCGGAACAGCCUUCAGUCAUUUUGGAAUUACAACCCAAGAUAUUUAUACAAUGGUGGAAAAAAUUCGAGCUGCUGGUGGGGUGAUCACUCGUGAACCGGGGCCAGUCGCACCUGGUGGGACUACCAUCUACGCCUUUGUGAAUGAUCCCGAUGGCUACAGUUUCGAGCUCAUCCUCAGGCCGCCAUCACCAGAACCACUUAACCAUAUGUGUCUUAAUGUGGUUGAUAUUGAUCGUUCUAUUGACUUCUACGAAAAGGCUUUGGGAAUGAACUUACUAGUGCCAAAGUACGACAAUACUCAAGAGCAGUAUACUGUAGCUAUGGUGGGCUAUGGAUCCAACUAUACUCAGACGACCGUCAUCGAGCUGAAAUAUAACUUUAAUGUGACAGAGUAUACCAAAGGAAAUGGAUAUGCACAGGUUGCUAUUGGCACUGAUGAUGUAUACAAGAGCGCAGCAGCUGUUGAACAAGCUAUCCAGGAACUUGGUGGGAAAAUAAUUCGACCACCAGGUCCACUUCCAAUUAUCGGGACCAAAAUCACUGCAUUCCUUGAUUCAGAUGGCUUUGAAACAGUGUUGGUGGACAAUGAAGACUAUCUUAAUUAUCUUAAACAAUUCAAGAAAGAGUGAUGAAGGGAAAUGCUUUGCAUUCAUUUGGGUAUUGUUUAUGUUUUUGAAUUUGAAUAAAGAAGUCCUGUCCUCGGCUUCUAGAUUUACCCUCCCGUUUAUGUAGUUGCUAUUCAAAUCUCUUAAUUUAAUACCAUGUUGUAUGCAACCAAGUAUAUCAUCAAUUCUUUUUUGUUUCA